GUCAAUCAACACGAUAUAAGUCUCGCUGGAAGCACCCACUUUAGAAAUCAAAAUUCAGUCAGAAUUAUUAUCCGUAUACAUAUAUAUUUUUUUCUAUAAGUGAUAGGCAAGAGAAAUGUGGCGAAGGUGCUUCUCCAGCAGCAGCGGCAGCAGCGGCAGCAGCUCCGACGCCGCUAGCGCGUUGAAGGAUCGGAAAUGGGACGCGCUGGUCAUCGGCGGCGGCCACAAUGGCCUAACCGCAGCCGCGUACCUAGCACGCGCCGGCAUCUCCAUCGCCGUCCUCGAACGCCGCCACGUCAUCGGCGGCGCCGCCGUGACCGAGGAGAUCAUUCCUGGCUUCAAGUUCUCUCGCUGCAGCUACCUCCAAAGCCUCCUCCGUCCUUCCGUCAUCAAAGAGUUGGAGCUAGGGCGACAUGGAUUGAAGAUGUUGAAGAGGAAUCCGUCGUCGUUCACGCCAUGUUUGGAUGGGCGGUAUCUUCUUCUAGGGCCUGAUAAGGAUCUUAAUUACUCGGAGAUAUCGAAGUUUUCCAAACGCGACGCCGAUGCUUAUCCAAGAUAUGAGAAUCAGCUAGAGAACUUCUGCAAAUUCAUGGAUCCACUUAUAGAUUCACCUCCUCCUGAGUCUUUGCAGUACAUCUCAUCUUUUAGUGAUCGAUUCAAGGAUAGGAUACACAAAUCAGUUUUCUGGUCCCGUUUUCUGCGACGGACUCUCUCCUUCGGCCAAAAAGACUUGGUGGAUUUUAUGGACCUAUUAUUAUCCCCGGCCUCAAAGGUUUUGAAUAACUGGUUUGAGACAGAUGUUUUGAAAGCAACCCUUGCAACAGAUGCUGUAAUAGGCUCAACUGCAAGCGUCCAUACACCUGGGAGUGGAUAUGUUUUGUUACAUCAUGUGAUGGGAGAAACUCAUGGCGACCGUGGAAUUUGGUCGUAUGUUGAAGGUGGUAUGGGUGCAGUAUCCUUGGCUAUUGGUAAUGCUGCUAAGGAAGCAGGAGCUUGUAUUAUAACAAGAGCAGAGGUUAAACAACUUUUAGUUGAAGACUCGGGCAGAGUGAAUGGGGUCUUAUUGGCUGAUGGCACGCUAGUGCGCUCUUCGAUUGUUUUAUCAAAUGCAACUCCUUACAAAACUUUUAAGGAGUUGACACCUAAUGAAGUUCUUCCGGAUGAUUUUCUCCGUGCUAUCAAGUACUCUGAUUACAGCUCUGGAACUACAAAAAUCAACCUAGCAGUUGAUAAGUUGCCCCAGUUUCAGUGUUGCAAGUUAAGUCAUCUUGAUGCAGGUCCUCAGCAUAUGGGUACCAUUCAUAUUGGUUCUGAGAGUAUGGAGGAGAUUCACUCAGCCUGUCAAGAUUCUGUCAAUGGAUUACCAUCACGGAGACCGGUUAUUGAGAUGACUAUUCCUUCUGUAUUGGACAAGACUAUAUCUCCACCCGGUAAGCAUGUGAUCAACUUGUUUAUUCAGUACACACCAUAUAAACCGUCAGAUGGCAACUGGAUGGACCCUGUUUAUAGAGAGUCGUUUGCAAACAGAUGUUUUAGCUUAAUAGAUGAAUAUGCCCCGGGCUUCAGUUCAUCAGUUAUUGGUUAUGAUAUGUUGACUCCACCAGAUCUUGAGAGGGAAAUUGGUCUGACAGGAGGGAAUAUCUUCCACGGAGCGAUGGGAUUGGAUUCUCUCUUCCUCAUGCGACCUGUACAAGGAUGGUCAAGUUACAGGACCCCGCUACGUGGGUUAUAUUUGUGCGGAAGUGGGGCCCAUCCUGGAGGUGGUGUGAUGGGUGCUCCCGGUCGUAAUGCUGCACUUACGGUUCUUCAAGAUAUCAAGAAAGUAUAGUCAAUUCCACCAACGUGACGGAUCAUGUUGCGCUGCAUGUUGUGCAUUUAUCAUUACCCGGCGUUACAAUGGAGAUCAAAUUUUGUAUUCCGCAUUACUUUGAUAAUUUUAUCUUUUGUGUUUUGUAGUUUUAGGGAAAAAAUAAACAAUACUUUCCAUUGAUAAUACUGAGGAAAAAUACAGAGGAAUAUAUAGCCAAGGAUCAAUGGAUCCGUGGGAACUAACUACAUGAUCGUAGGAGAAAAAUCAGGAGAAGAUUAUGAGCUAUCUUAUCUGCUACCUAAAAUCCGAAUCAGCUAACUAUAUUCGGAUUUGAUUUGAAUAACAAUUCCCUACAAAUUAGGGAUAACAAUAUCUUCGACACCCCCCUCAAGUUGGUGCAUAAAUGUUUAUCAUGUCCAACUUGCUGGUGAGAAGCUCAAAGUUAGGCCUGAAUAAUCCUUUGGUAAGAAUGUCAGUUGUCUGUUGCGUUGUAGGAACAAAUGGCAAACAAAUAACUCCU